AUGAUAAAUGUUAACCAAAUGAAAUGUCGAAACCCCCCAGUGCUUUGGUCAGAUGGUAACCCAAAAUUCUUUCCUGGAGAAAGAGAUCUGUGUGCAAAAACUGCAGAAAAUGGAAAAUGGAGUAGUGAACGCUGUAGAAAAUCAUAUCAAUAUGUUUGUGAAAAAGAUGCUGAUGAAUGUCGUAACAACAAUGCAUGUACAAGAAAUGCAGAAUGUGUGAACACCAUUGGAAGUUUUUCCUGCAAUUGCAUAACUGGGUUUCAGACACAGUCAGGGAGAGUUGCCUCAAAUAGUCCUCAAGACAGUUGUCUAGAUAAAGAUGAAUGCAGUGCCACUGUCUGUUCUGAAAAUGCAGAAUGUCAAAACACCAUUGGAAGUUAUUACUGCACAUGCAGUUCUGGAUUUAAGAGUCUUUCUGGGGCAGUUAACUUCACUGGUCUACAAGAGAAAUGUAAAGAUAACGAUGAAUGUAGUGUCAAAAAUACAUGCCCAGACGAUGCAAAAUGUCACAACACCAUUGGAAGUUAUCAGUGCAUGUGUGAACCUGGAUUUCAGAUUGUGUCAAGAGCAUUAAGCCUCAGUAAUACACAAAAAAGUUGUGUAGAUUAUGAUGAAUGUAGUAUCAAUGAUACAUGCCCUAACAAUGCAGAAUGUCACAACACCAAUGGAAGUUAUUACUGCACAUGUAAACCGGGAUUUAAGAGUCUCUCAGGGGCAGUUACCUUCACUGGAUCACAAGACAGAUGUGAAGAUAAUGAUGAAUGUAUUCCCAGCAAUACAUGCCCUAGCAAUGCAAAAUGUCAAAACACCAUUGGAAGUUAUUACUGCCUGUGUAAACCUGGAUUUCACAGUGUUUCAGGAGCAGUUAACUUUACUGAUCAACAAGAGACAUGUGAAGAUAAUGAUGAAUGUAUUCCCAGCAAUACAUGCCCUAGCAAUGCAAAAUGUCAAAACACCAUUGGAAGUUAUUACUGCGUGUGUAAACCUGGAUUUCACAGUGUUUCAGGAGCAGUUAACUUCACUGAUCAACAAGAGAGAUGUGAAGAUAAUGAUGAAUGUAUUCCCAGCAAUACAUGCCCUAGCAAUGCAAAAUGUCAAAACACCAUUGGAAGUUAUUACUGCCUGUGUAAACCUGGAUUUCACAGUGUUUCAGGAGCAGUUAACUUCACUGAUCAGCAAGAGACAUGUGAAGAUAAUGAUGAAUGCAUUCCCAGCAAUACAUGCCCUAGCAAUGCAAAAUGUCAAAACACCAUUGGAAGUUAUUACUGCGUGUGUAAACCUGGAUUUCACAGUGUUUCAGGAGCAGUUAACUUUACUGAUCAACAAGAGACAUGUGAAGAUAAUGAUGAAUGUAUUCCCAGCAAUACGUGCCCAAGCAAUGCAAAAUGUCAAAACACCAUUGGAAGUUAUUACUGCACGUGUAAACCUGGAUUUCACAGUGUUUCAGGAGCAGUUAACUUUACUGAUCAACAAGAGACAUGUGAAGAUAAUGAUGAAUGUAUUCCCAGCAAUACAUGCCCUAGCAAUGCAAAAUGUCAAAACACCAUUGGAAGUUAUUACUGCGUGUGUAAACCUGGAUUUCACAGUGUUUCAGGAGCAGUUAACUUUACUGAUCAACAAGAGACAUGUGAAGAUAAUGAUGAAUGUAUUCCCAGCAAUACAUGCCCUAGCAAUGCAAAAUGUCAAAACACCAUUGGAAGUUAUUACUGCACGUGUAAACCUGGAUUUCACAGUGUUUCAGGAGCAGUUAACUUUACUGAUCAACAAAAGACAUGCCCCCAAAUUCACGAAUCCUCCGUGUAA